AUGACACCCAAUCUCGACUUAACAUCUCACAAAGUCCUAGUCUUUGACGUUUAUGGGACCCUCAUUGACUGGGAAUCUGGAAUAUACAACAGUCUCAAGUCGCUCUUCCCCAAGGACACUCCAAGAGAGGAGGUCUUGGAGAAAUAUGCUGCUGUGGAGCUAGAUCUUCAAAUGAAAGAUCCGAGUCUAGCGUACUCUAAGAUCCUCGAUCUCGCUUGGAUGCGGCUUAGCGGUCAAGCUGACAUGAGUCCUGGUCGCGGCAAAACAGCCGCAGUCACAGAAGGAGGGGAGGAGAUUGGUGCAUCUAGUCCAGCGGGUGCUCAGCAAGACUCAGAUAUGGCUUCCUCGACGCCACCAGCAAGUGAUGCUGAGCGCUUCGGAGCUUCCGUUCCCACGUGGCAGCCAUUUGAAGACACCGUCCAAGCCCUCCACAGACUGAAAGAGCACUUUGCGCUAGUGGUUCUUUCCAACGUGGACAACAGAAGUUUCGACGGCACACAUGAGUUGCUGAAAUCUCAAACUCGUGAAGCUCGCAAGAGCAAAUACCCGACAGAGACCCCUGCCUCCCCCUUCUCGCUCAUCCUCACCGCUCAGCAAUUUAAUGCGUAUAAACCAGAUCCAAGGGCGCUAGACACUGCACUCCAGCAAGUCUCGUCUGCGCCUCGUUCCCUCUUACCGCAUCCCAACCCACCCUGGGCCGUGGAAGCACGGGAGGUGCUUGUAGUAGCAAAUUCGCUUCAGCAUGAUAUAGAGCCCGCAAAUCUUCACAAUCUCAACAGCGUGUGGAUUUCGCGCCAUGAGAAGAAUAUCAUCGGAGCCAAAGCCGAUGUGAAGGAGCGAGGCUUGUGGACAUGGAGGUUCGAAACUUUAGGCGAUCUAGCAGAUGCAGUGGAUCAGGAGGUUCAAGGAACGCGUGACGCCAUAUAA